CCCCCUCGCACUUGGCCCUCGCAACGAUAACCGAACCCUGGUCAGUAGUUUGCGACUAGUCCACCCUGUGCAAACCACAGAGACAUAUACACGCGGCGCGCCGCGAUUUUUCUCCUCUCUCUUGUCACCGGGGUUGCGUUUUUUUUUGAAAAAAAAAAAAAAUAAAAGACGACAAAUUUUUGUUUUUCUUAUUAAGAAAAAAGAAACUAUUAUUUUUUUUAAAGAAAGAGAUUAAGGGGAAACAUUGUCGUGAGUCGUACAAACGUUUCUCGUAUAUAGAGGAGCCGGGUCGGUGAUUGUGUUUGCCAGGAUCGAAAGACGCACGCGGGAUAUGGAGACCACCUGAGGCAAUCCCUCGCUCUUCAAAGGACCCCACCUUCCACAAUCCUAUUUGCUAAAAGUGAGAGAGAGGGACUAUUUCUAAAAAAAAAGGAUCAAAAAAACGCUCGAGAAGUGGAAAGGGUGAAGUGAUACUGAGAUCACUUAGAAUGGGCUGCAGAUCGGCAGCUGACACGAGGGCGACGACGACGACGGAAGGGAGCGAACGAGGGACGUCGUCGUCUUGGAGGCAACUGACAUCGAAAAGUGAUUGUCAGGACGAGGAGGAAGAAGAGGAGGAGAGUGAGGGACGACGGUGGUGGUGCAGGUCAAUUGAGGCCAGCACCAGGUGAGGAUGCAGAAAUUGCGCUCGACCUUCAAGAGGUCACGCACGCCAACUGGCUCAGAAAUGAAAUCACAGUCAAGUCUCGAGGUACCAAAACAAGUUCGUUCUGCAUCAUUUGAUGAAAUUCAAUUGGAAGUUAAACGUCACGAUGAGUGUCGUGAUUUGCGUCUUGCAACGAGAACAUCAUCAUCGUCAUCGUCAUGUUCACCUGUACGUUCUCAAGAUCCCAGCAAGAGGCUAAAUACCCUUAGGGUUCCACAACUUCAAAGUGGACAGAGAUCGAAAAGUUUUGAUGUCUGCGAAAGGAGUCUUUUUUCUGAGAGAUUGACACGAAAACCUGAAACACCAGUGAUACAGGUGUCGGGUUGUUAUCAUUGUGCUUGUGUUGAGGAGUACAAGAGCCUCUAUCAGAGUCGUGACGAUGAUGAUGAAUCGUCGUCGAGAGAUGAGGAGGAAGAGGAGAUUGAAAUCAUUCAAAUCUCCGGCGAUGAUGUUAAUAAUGAUGAUAAUGAUGAUGAUGAGGAGGAGGAAGAGGAGGAAGAAGAAGAGGUGAGUGGCGAUUCGAGAAGGGAGGGAAGUCCUGAGAUAAGAGUAACAUUAAUGACGUAUUCGGAGAAAACUUCAUCGGAGGGAGAACCAGAAUUGGAAGCACUUGAAGUAACCGAAGGAAUUCCAUGUAUGGAGAGGAGAAGAUCUUUUGGAAGAUUAUCACGUCAAGAGGCGCUCACAUCGUUUCCCAUUGAAUUCCCAACGGUUAUUGGUGGUUCAAAUGAUGAUGACGACGAUGAUGAUGAUGAUGACGAUGAGGAGGAUAAGAGUAAACUUGUUGUGAGGGAUAUAUUUCUCACUGUUCCCGAAUUGAAAAGAGAUCGUGCCGCAUCGGUUGAUUCGUGUUUUAAUAAUACAAAAAAUGGAAAAAGCGAAACUGGUGAUUCAUUGCUUGUGCCACAGCAAAAUAUCAGAAGCAAGAGUGUGGACAUUGUUCUUCCAACGGAUAUUCAAACAAGAUAUACGGCACUUCUACCAGGGAACGAAGCAUUGAGAGGUGGGAGAGAGGAGAGCGGACCAAGUAGUAGUCACAGAGAACCGCGAUCAACUCCCGACUGGGGUUCAGGUGCAGUUAACGGAGAACAUCUUUGGGUACCAACCGCAGCAUCCGGGGAUUUCUGUUACGUCAACGAUUGCUCUAAACACGGACCACGUAUGAAGUGCGCAGCGUGUAGAGUUGUCACUCAUGUGCUUUGCUUCGAACACUUGAACUUUGCCUGUAAGUCGAGCUUUCGUGACGUUGGCGUACGACAAUAUCGUGAACAAACACAAACACAUCAUCAUUGGGUUCAUCGACGUUCGCAAAAGGGCAAAUGUUCCAACUGUGGCAAAUCAUUUCAGUCAAAACUGAGUUUCUCUUCAAAAGAGAUUAUUGCUGUGAGUUGCAGUUGGUGUAAGACAGCCUAUCACAAUAAAGAAUCAUGUUUCAAUGUCGAUCGUAUUGGCGAGAAUUGUGAACUUGGCACAAAUUCAUCAAUAAUUGUCCCACCCUCAUGGAUAGUUAAACUUCCUAAAAAGGGAAGCUUCAAAAGCAGUUUAAGAAAAUCACCACGUAGAAAUAAGAAAACAUCUGGUAGCACAUCAGCUGCAUCGAGUCGAAGAAAAAUUAAAGAUAGCAAGGAAAAGGAAAAUAAUAAGGAAAAAGAGAAGGAUGAAAAGGAGCAAAAACUUUGGGUGAUUAAACCAAUUCCCACUACCACUGUUAAACCAGUUAUUGUCUUUAUAAAUCCCAAAUCGGGUGGUAAUCAAGGUUCAAAACUUCUUCAAAAAUUUCAAUGGCUUCUAAAUCCACGACAAGUUUUUGAUUUAACCCAAGGAGGACCAAGAAUGGGAUUGGAACUAUUUCAAAAAACACCGAAUCUUCGGGUUCUCGCUUGCGGUGGAGAUGGAACUGUUGGAUGGGUACUAUCAGUUUUGGAUCAAAUUGGUGUGAAUCCAUCACCUGCAGUUGGUGUUUUACCAUUGGGUACAGGAAAUGAUUUAGCAAGAGCACUCGGUUGGGGUGGUGGCUAUACGGAUGAGCCAAUAAGUAAAAUUUUAAGCAACAUUGGCGAUAGUGAAAAUACUUUACUGGACAGGUGGCAAUUGACAGUGGAGAGGAAUCCUGAUGCAAAAAGUGAUGAAGAUGCAAGCAAGGGCAAGGAGAACCUUCCCCUUAAUGUCGUUAACAACUAUUACUCCCUUGGGGUUGAUGCUCACAUCGCUCUCGAGUUCCACGAGGCUAGAGAGGCACAUCCAGAGAGGUUCAAUUCACGAUUGAGGAACAAAAUGUUUUAUGGACAAAUGGGUGGUAAGGAUUUGGUGCGUAGAAAAUGGAAGGAUCUCUCAGAAUUUGUGACCUUGGAAUGCGAUGGAACUGACAUGACACCAAAAUUAAAGGAGCAUCGUGUUCAUGCUAUCGUUUUCCUGAAUAUCGCUUCAUAUGGAGGUGGAACACAUCCCUGGGGAGGUGGAAUCGGCAAAGAGCCAUCGACUGAUGAUGGUCUCAUUGAGGUCGUGGGUCUCACGACAUAUCAGCUUCCACUUCUUCAGGCCGGUGGUCAUGGAACGAGUAUUGCGCAAUGCAGCAAAGCUAAACUCAUUACAACAAGAACAAUUCCCAUGCAGGUUGACGGUGAGGCGUGUCGUUUGUUACCAUCAAUCAUCAAUAUGAGUUUAUUGAAUAAAGCAACAAUGCUGGCCAAGAGAAGAAGUUCUGGUAAGCCGUAUGUUGCAAAAUUGGAGAGGCUCAAGCUACCGGUGAUGAUGAUUAAAAUGUCAGACUACGAGACCUUCCAUUCUGAUAAGGAAAGACUGAAAAUGACUGCGAUUCAAUGGUUGGCUGAUCCUCUCGAUUUAGAUGCGACGACUGAUCUUGAAUCCUUAAGGAAUCUACUAGCCAAGGAUCAUCCUAUGGACACGUGUUGUUUCCUCGAUUCUUGCACAGCAGAAAGAUUCUUUAGGAUAGAUAAAGCUCAAGAGCAGUUACAUUACGUCACGGACGUUGCUGUUGAAGCUGUUUACGUCCUUCAGGAGAGUACAUCUCAUCAGGAAACGGGAAACAAAUCUCAAAGUGCAACGAAUUCUCAACGAUUAUCAAGUGAAAGUCGUACAAGAGUUAAUCGAACGGUAACGGACGAGAAGAUGCGUCCAGAAAGUAGAUCCCGAGAGGCUUCAAUACCGGAACCGAUUUCAGAAAAUAGAUCUGCCUCUAGACUGGAAUCUGUUUCAAAAAUUCGUGAGCAUAGUAGGCAAGCGUCGAGGAAUUCCCAUCUUUCGACGAGGGAUUAUGAGAAUGAAGACAAAUUUCCCCAAGGACCAUCAAAGCAAAGCUCCACCUCCAAGUCCCAUUUGGCUGCUGGUCAGUCGCACAAUACUCCUUCUUACAUAAGCCCGCAGGAUAGACUAUUUAGCCUAGAUUCCGAGGUUCAUAUGUUUCACACUGGAUUGACGUCAAGGCCAUGUGAUGGUGUGAUAAGAGCUGCAAAAAUGGGCGAUCUUCCCGCUCUGAAAGCACUACACAAUCAGGGAUUCUCACUCCUGACAACCGAUGCAAAUGGCCAAACUGCCCUUCAUCUGGCUGCAUGCCUUGGUCACAGGGAUAUCGUCAGAUACCUCAUUGCCUGUGCUCCUCCCUCAAUUAUCAAUAUGACUGAUAAUGACAAGGGACAGACUGCCCUUCACAAAGCAGCCGAAAGCAAAUUUCGUUCAAUUUGCUGCAUGUUGGUAGCAGGCGGUGCCAAUUUAACACUUCAAGAUCGAAAAGGCAAUGUACCAAGGGACAUAGCAAUGAAUGCCAAUGAUCGUGAACUUGCCGCUUAUCUUCAUAGUCAGGAACAAUUCCAAAUGGUUACAGGGGACAUGGACAAUCUUCCAUGACCUCGUGAAAUUUGCGCGCGAGCGUAAAUACAAAAAUUUCAAAGAAAUGGAGAUUAAUAAU